UCCUUCAUUAUGGCAGGGACAAAAGCCAAGACAGAGGUCUUCACAAUAGAUGAGAUGGGAGAGCCUUCAGCAGAGAGAAGUGACACCAACAAGAAGACAUGCAUCUUUGCGCAGUAUGUGCAGCCCUGCCUGGCUGAGCUGUUCGGGACCACCAUGUUUGUGUUUGUGGGGUGUGCGUCUGUUAUUGGGAAUGUGGGAGACGCUGGCGUCAUCCAGCCCGCUGUGGCACACGGACUGGCUCUUGGAGUGCUGAUUAUGGUCCUCGGGCAAAUCAGUGGAGGCCACUUUAACCCUGCAGUGUCUCUGAGCGUCUACCUGUGUGGAGGAAUGGGGCUUUCCCUUCUGCUGCCGUACGUCCUGGCUCAGAUGUGUGGAGGCAUGAUCGGUGCUGGUUUGACCAAGGUCAUCUACCCCACUGAUUUGUAUAAUGCUUCCCUUGGAGGGGCCUUUAACAUUGUCAACGAUGAUCUGGGUAAAACCACUGUGGCAGAGGUGAUGAUGACCCUCUUCCUUACCACUGUGGUGUGCAUGGGGGCCGUCAACGGCCAAACCCGCUCACCGUCGGCUCCUUUCUGCAUCGGCCUCACUGUGACAGCCAACAUAUUUGCUGGAGGGAUGGUGUCUGGGGCUUGUAUGAACCCUGCCCGAGCCUUUGGUCCUGCAGUGGCUGCCAACCACUGGAACCAUCACUGGGUCUACUGGGUGGGACCCGCUUCUGGUGCACUGCUUACUGUCAUGUUCAUCAGGUUGUUGUUUGGUGACCAGAAAACUCGAGUUGUGUUCAAGUGAAUGUGUUAUUUAUAAAGGAGGAAGAGACAGGACGUCCCG